AGCUCGAGGACGUGUCCGUGUGUGAGCGUGAUGAAGGUGAAGCAUUAAUUCACCAGUGCAGCGUCCACCUCGUCCAAUCAGCAGCCCGCAAAUCUAACCAGGAAACAAACGUGAGGACGUCCUUCGUCCAUUUGGACUUUGGACUUUGGACUACAAGAAACAACUUUUUUUUUCUCACAAUUUCACCUUUAAAAAAAAAAAGUUUCAUUGGGAAGACAGUGUCGUCACCUCCCCCCACUACGGGACAGCAUCCAGAGUUGGAAGGAGUACUGGUCUUGGUGGAUCCAGUGAUGCUGAUCUAAAUUAGGACUGCAGUGGGGGGGCGGGGUCAUGUACGUACUGUGCCCCUUGGUGGUCCUGGCGCUGCACAGCUUCUUCAAGAGCUACUGCCAAAAGGACGGGAGCCCCAACUGUGGUGGGGUCACAGGGCGGGCCCCCGGCCAUGGACUCUUCGUUGUGGGGGGGCUGCCUCAAAGCAAAGGAGCGAGGAUGAAGGGCAGGCGAGGUGGCGCCCGCAGGAAGCGAGUCCAGCCGGUCCAGAAAUCAUCCCAGCUGCUCAGUCCCACGGUCAUGUUUGGACCAAGAAAGACGUGGGACCUCGGCCACACCCCCUGUUUGCAGGAGCUCUGGAAGAACGACUUCUCUUUGGACGCGAGUUCGUUGGACUUCCUGAUGAGUGAUGGUGAGGAGGACGCCUCCUUCCUGUCUCUGCCCAGCCCCGCCUUCUCACAGCGCUCCCUUCUGACCGCAGAGCUGAACGACUCCAGCGCACCCAGGCAGCAGCAGCUGCUCAUCCAGAGAGUCACGUGGUCCUGCUGGUGGAAUCUGACUAACACACUUCAGGACAAAGUGUGCGACCUUCGGGCUCGGCUGGACUCCGAAGCACUGCAGCACGCCGUGCUGGGGCGGCCAAGCGGUCUGGCGGCGCCACAGGAGGACCGUGCGGCGCUAAGCGGUGGUGUGGACAAAGAGCAGCUGGUCACUCGGCUGUCCUCUCAGGUUGAGGAUCUGGAGAAGAAGCUUCUGAACCAAACGCAGGAGGUGGAGAGACUUCGCUCAGAACUGGGGGCGACGGACCUGGAGAAACAGCUGGAGCUUCUGGAGGUGGAGAACCGGCGUCUGAAGCGCGAGCUGACCUCCCGCAGGAGCAGCGAAGCAGCAGGCAGCUGCAGUCAGGAUGCCGAGGCUCUGCGGAGGGAGGUGUCUCGCCAUGAGAACCAGGCCCGUCAGAGAGAGCGCCACCUUGCUGAGCUGGAGAGAGAACUGCUGGAGAAAACUGCCAAGGUGGACGUCUUACAGCGGCAGGUGGACCAGUCUAGGACGCCACCAGUGGAGCCGGCAGGCCCUGGGACGUCUGUGGACCAGUUUCCCAAUGAGGCGGUGCAGGGCGUCGCUCACUCAGAAAAGGCGGAGCCUGAUGAGUCCAUGGCGACGCUGCAGCUGAAGAACGUGUUGCUACAGGAGCAGCUGUGUGUGCAGCGCCACCUGCUGCGAGAACUGGAGACGCAGCUACACGACUCGCAGAGGACCUGCGCUCAACUGAGGACGCAGAUUGCGGUCUACGAGGGCGAGAUGGAGCGUGCUCAGAAGCAGCUGGAUGCAGAGCUGCUGCACCUGAAAGAGGAGAAGAACCGCGUGAUCGAGGAGGCCUUCAUCAGGGCCGAGAGCCAAAUGAAGGCCGUGCACGAGAACCUGGCAGGCGUGCGCAUGAAGCUGGUGGGUCUUCACCCCGCCUUGAGGACGCUGACGUGUGACUACAACACGCUGAAGAAGCAAGUGCACCACUUCCCCGUCAUGCUGGACCAAGCCAUCGCCGACGCCAAGCACGAGAUCUGUCAGGUCAUCGGUGAAGUGAGCAGCACCAACCAGAACCUUCUGGAAAAAUACAAGCGGGAGAUGAACCUGAGGAAGAAGUGCCACAACGAGCUGGUCCGACUCAAAGGCAACAUCCGAGUGCUGUGCCGCGUUCGACCCGUCAGUCAGCAGGAAACGGACUCGGCCCACACCAGAACCAUGUUGACCUUUGACCCGGACGACGACGCCAUCCUCUACCUCACCAACAAGGGCAAAGUCAUGACCUUUGACCUGGACAAGGUCUUCCGGCCUCAGGCCACGCAGGAAGAGGUGUUUCAGGAAGUCCAGUCUCUGGUCACUUCCUGUAUCGACGGCUUCAACGUUUGCAUCUUUGCAUACGGACAGACGGGAUCAGGAAAGACCUACACCAUGGAGGGUGUUCCCGAAGACCCCGGUCUCAACCAGCGAGCGCUCCGCCUCCUCUUCUCCCAAGUGACGGACAAACGUCCCGACUGGGAAUACGAGAUCAGCGUCAGCAUGGUGGAGAUUUACAACGAGACUCUGAGGGAUCUUCUGGGCCAGAACAUCUCUGAAAAACUGGACAUCAAGAUGAACCCUGACGGCAGCGGACAGCUUUACGUUCCCGGACUGACGCGAGUCCCGGUCCAAAGUCCAGAGGACAUCAACAAGGUUCUGGAGGCGGGUGCAGUCUGCCGCGCGACGGCGUGCACCAACCUGAACGAGCACAGUUCUCGUUCUCACGCGCUGCUCAUCGUCAACGUCAACGGACUCAACGCCACCACAGGAGGUUGCACGCAAGGGAAACUGAACCUGGUGGACCUGGCCGGCUCGGAGCGGAUCAGGAAGUCUGGCGCGGAGGGCGGGCGCCUGCGAGAGGCUCAGUGCAUCAACAAGUCCCUGUCGGCGCUCGGCGACGUCAUCAACGCCCUGCGAGCCAAACACGCCCACGUCCCGUUCCGAAACUCCCGGCUGACCUACCUCCUCCAGGACAGUCUGGGCGGGGACAGCAAGACGCUGAUGAUGGUGCAGGUGUCCCCUCUUCUGGGAAACCUCAGCGAGUCGCUCUGCUCGCUCAAGUUCGCUCAGCGCGUUCGCAGCGUGGAGCUGAACGCCACGGGCGCCGUCUGCCGGAGGCUGGACAACUCGUCGGCUUCCUCCUCGCCCACCCACGACUGCGCCGAGCUGGACUCGCCCCCCGCCACCCCGGGGCCCCUCCCAAUCUCCCGUGCGAGCAGCGCUGGGUCCUCGCUCUCUUCGGCCUCCAGAACUUCCAGCAGCUCCCGCCGGAAAUCCCAGUCGCAGCUUUCCACCGACUCAUUUAGAGCCAAUGGUGGGGGCCAGUAGGGGCAGGACGGUUGAAGAUGGCAGCAUGAGGCGUGGACGUCGCCAUGGGAGGAGCCUCGGUUACCAUGGUGAUGAGCUGACAACAGUGUUUGUUUUAUUGCACUUUAAGGUGAUUUUAAUGUUAAUAUUAUGAUGGACAUUUUUCAUCCAAUCAGGAUGCAGACGCUUAACCAGACCUAAUUUGGUCUUUCUGAACACGCGUGUGCGUGUGCGUGUGCGUGCGCGUGCGUGUGCGUGUGCGUGUGAGACACAUUGUGUCAUGUGACUGAUGAUCCACUUUUAAUUGCUUUGCUUUUUCUAUUCCAUUUUUAAUAAACCUGGAAAAACAAACUCCUGGGGGAUGGCUAUGUUCAACAUUAGCUUAGCAUCGCCUGCCAAACGUCAACAUGACACGUAUGUAGUAUGUACACAUGCGUGUUCAUGGAUUUGUAUCCUGUCCACGUCCCUCGCCGUAUCGGGUUGGAUUUCGCUCCCUCGCUAUAUUGCCGUGUUUCCAAAUGGAACUAAUGAUGGCGGUUUGGCGGUUUGGCGGUUUAGCGGUUUGGCUGCGGCCUUUUAUUAGUCAAGUAUUGAAGACACGUUCGAUGGAGUAUUGCAGUCAUGAGGCAUCUGUCAUGUGACAGGAAGUGCUAACUUAUGGCCUUUUUGUUCAUCCUUCUCACUCAGUUUGAAACACUUUAUUUACUUUAUUCUUAACUUAAACUUAGCUCGCUAGCCAGCUGUUUUAGCGGCAUUUUGUCCCUGGAAUGAUCCCGUAGCCAGGGAUGUGAUGUAAACUAGGAAAUAAAGCUUAAUAGUGACUAUAGGGGUGUUAGUUCAUGUCUACAGGGCUCUAAUAAGGUUAAAACCCACAUUUAAAAUCAUCAAAUUUUAAGACCGACUUCUACUUUGGUUCAAAACCCCAUCAGUGAAUUUCCUCCAAUUAACCGUGAUGAGCAAGGAUUAGUGUACACGCAUAUACAGUAUUACAUGUACAUACAGUAUGAUUGUAUACGUGAUACAUGUGAUAAGCAAGGAUUAGUGUACACGCAUAUACAGUAUUACAUGUACAUACAGUAUUACAUGUACAUACAGUAUGAUUGUAUACGUGAUACAUGGAGGCGCCACAUUAAAAAUAGCUCCUUUCUCUCUGACAUGUUGACCUUGAAUGGACGGCGCCAUGUUGGAAAUGUAUUUGCUGCCAUCUUGAAACUUUUAGCGACACAAACGAACGGAGGCGGACGGCCGCCCUUCAAAAGAUCGUAGGGUUCUAGGGUUUUCCCUUUGGGCGUGGUGACCCCAGGGCCUUCUCUCAGUUCACGUUGCCCCCGUUUACCAUCCCAACAUCUUGACUUCAGUUCUCUUCUCAGCGUUGUUGUCUUUAGGUCUUCAGGAAAGACGCUGCCGUCUCUUGAUUGGUCGUCAGAAUG